AUGAGGACUCCUCUUGUUACCUUACUGCUUGCUGUCCUGUGUGUGGAACAAGCUCACCCAUUCAUGUGCUAUGUGUGCCAAGAGCAGGAAUCCAACAAGAACUGUUUGACCAUUUCCAUGUGUGCAGAGGAAGACAAAUACUGUGUGACUGUCCAUGACAACGUUGGAACAAAGCCCAGCAAGCCUAAAUACAUCAUCUCUAAGAUGUGUUCUCCAACGUGUCCAGCAUCAGGUCAGCAACAAAACCAAACCUACCCGAGGGUUUCUUGCUGUGAGAAACCAUUGUGCAAUGUGAAUGGAGUCAGCAGCAAACAAAGCAGCUCUGGAAUGAUGUCCCUGGGUGUCCUGGCCUCUGUCACUUACAUCUUUACGUGUGGACUGUGA